CGGCUCCCCGGGUUCCUCCCUCUUCUCGACUUCCCCCCGGCCACGGUGCGGGAGGGUGGCCGAGAUGGCUGAUGAAAUUGCCAAGGCUCAGGUGGCCCAGCCUUCUGACGGCGACACCAUCUUCGAGAAGAUAAUCCGCAAGGAAAUCCCCGCCAAAAUCAUUUUCGAGGAUGACCAAUGUCUUGCUUUCCAUGACAUUGCCCCUCAAGCACCAACACAUUUUCUGGUGGUACCCAAGAAACAUAUAACCCAGAUUUCUGCUGCAGAAGAUGAUGAUGAAAAUCUUCUUGGACAUUUAAUGAUUGUUGGCAAGAAAUGUGCUGCUGAUCUAGGCCUGAAGAAGGGUUAUCGGAUGGUGGUGAAUGAAGGUGCAGAUGGAGGACAGUCUGUCUAUCAUGUUCAUCUGCAUGUUCUUGGAGGUCGGCAGAUGAAUUGGCCUCCUGGCUAAGCAUGUAUUAGAUGGUUUUCCCUUCUCUAGGCAGUGAUUAUGCUUGCAUUUUCCAAUAUGUUAAGCAGCAUGAUUAUUUGUGCCCGGGUCUGGAGAUAUUGGGAAAAUAAUUUUAAAUGCUUAUACAUAAUAAAUACAUUGUUGCAUGGUU